AUGGCUGCUAUAACACCUUCAACCAAUACAACAAGUUCUUGGAUUAAGCACAAAAAUACUCAUCAAACAAAUUGCUCUCUACAAACUAUCCAUUUCCCAAAGCAAUCUACCAUUCAAAAUCCACCUCCUUUUACAGUACCUACUGUUAGAAAGGAAGAUUCAAAUUCCCCUUCAAAACCGCAAUGGAAUUUUAUUCAAAAAGCAGCUGCACUAGCAUUGGACGUUGUGGAGAAUGCAUUGAAUGUGCACGAACUCGAACGCCCUUUACCGAAAACAGCAGACCCGGGAGUUCAGAUUGCCGGGAAUUUCUCUCCGGUGCAGGAACAGCCCGUCAGGCAGAGACUUCCGGUGACUGGAAAAAUCCCGGAAUCCAUUCAAGGAGUGUAUGUAAGGAACGGUGCUAAUCCAUUAUUCGAGCCAAUUGCGGGUCAUCAUUUCUUUGAUGGAGAUGGAAUGAUCCACGCCGUGCAAUUCAAGAAUGGUUCUGCGAGUUAUGCCUGCAGAUUCACUGAAACUCAAAGGCUGGUUCAAGAACGGUCUUUGGGCCGCCCUGUUUUUCCUAAAGCCAUUGGUGAACUACAUGGCCACACGGGUAUAGCAAGAUUGAUGCUUUUCUAUGCCCGGGGAAUGUUUGGCCUUGUUGAUCAUAGUCGAGGCACCGGUGUCGCUAACGCCGGUUUGGCCUAUUUCAACAACCGGUUAUUAGCCAUGUCUGAAGAUGACUUGCCGUACCAUGUACGCGUGACUGCAUCCGGUGAUCUUGAAAGCGUAGAACGAUACAAUUUCGACGACCAGCUAAAAUCCACCAUGAUUGCUCACCCCAAGAUCGACCCGAUUACCGGUGAACUCUUUGCCUUAAGCUACGACGUGAUACAGAAGCCUUAUCUAAAGUACUUCAGAUUUUCAAGAAAUGGACACAAGUCUGAGGAUGUCGAAAUCCCAGUUUCCAAGCCAACAAUGAUGCAUGAUUUUGCUAUCACUGAGAAGUUUGUGAUUGUGCCUGAUCAGCAAGUGGUGUUCAAGAUGUCGGAAAUGAUAAGUGGUGGCUCGCCCGUCGUGUAUGACAAGGAAAAAGUAUCGAGGUUCGGAGUAUUGGAUAAGUACGCGAAAGAUGCUUCGAGUAUGAAGUGGGUUGAAGUGCCUGAUUGCUUUUGCUUUCACCUCUGGAAUGCAUGGGAAGAACCAGAAACUGAUGAAAUUGUAGUCAUUGGUUCAUGUAUGACUCCACCAGACUCGAUUUUCAACGAAUGUGAUGAGGAAUUGAAGAGUGUUUUAUCCGAAAUUCGACUAAAUUUAAAGACUGGAAAAUCUUCUAGGAGGCCUAUCAUGUCUGAGAGGGAUCAAGUGAAUUUAGAGGCAGGAAUGGUGAACAGAAACAAGCUCGGGAGAAAAACCCGCUACGCGUAUCUUGCCAUCGCAGAGCCAUGGCCUAAAGUUUCUGGUUUUGCUAAAGUCGAUCUUUUCACAGGUGAAGUGAACAAGUAUUUUUACGGCGAUGAAAAAUAUGGUGGCGAGCCUUUUUUCCUCCCUCAAGAUCCUAAUUGUGAAGCAGAAGAUGACGGAUACAUUCUAGCCUUCGUGCACGAUGAAAAGGCAUGGAAAUCAGAGCUACAAAUUGUUAAUGCCAUGAGUAUGAAAUUAGAGGCCACAGUCAAGCUCCCAUCAAGAGUUCCUUAUGGUUUCCAUGGCACAUUCAUAAGUGCUAACAACCUAGCAAAUCAAGCCUAA